AUAGCAACCACAUUUAUGUACAUACAAACAUAUGAUCCUGCAAUGCAGUUUUAAUUAUUAAAAGGCUCUACACGUUUUAUACUGUUUUUUAAUUAAGUCUUCUAAUGGCAAGUUGUACUACGCCUCAAAAACCAUCAGAAAGAAGUAAAAGUUGUGAAACGGCAUGUUCGUCAAAUUCGAGUUGUUUUUUUCAAAAACGGAAACCCACGAAUCCGUUAGCUGCUUCUCUCCGUAGUGGUCUUUCACGAAGUACGGGAAAUUCAGUCAGACAGCGAGUUUUAUCAGCAAAGUUAUUAAAGUUGAAAAGUGUGCAAAACCAAUUGAAUGAUGCUAAUUAUCACUUGGCGGAAGUGAUUCGGGAAAAUCAGGCUUUGAAAACGCUACAGAAGCGACAAGAUAGAGCAUUGACAAAGUACGAGGGUGCUAAUGCCGAAUUGCCACGUCUGAUACAAUCACACGAGGAAGAAAUAAGGUUUUUAACGGAAAAAAACAAACAGUUGAGACGAAAUGUGAAAGAGCUGAAUGAUCAAUUAAAACAUAAAAACGACGAAUUGCAAAGUGUCCAAGAACAGUUGAAACAUUAUGAAAAACUCGACAAAGAUAAACACUUGUUGGAAAGAGAGAAAUUAAUCGAGGAAUUAGAAGACGUGAAGAAAAAACUCGGUAAGGCUGAUAAUGAAAUUGUUGUUUUGAAUAGAAAACUGACUUUGGAAAGCAAGACUUCGAAACAGAGACUCAAUAUGGAAAUGGCAAAACACAAGCAGUGUCAGAAAGAACUUGCGCAAGCUUUGACCGAAAUUGCAAAAUUAACAAAGUUGAUAGAGACUAAAGAAAAGUCUUUGAUCAGCAAUGCCCGCAAACGCUUUGCAAAUUUGGUUCCAAGGCAGGCGACGUCUCUAAUUUCUUUGAAUGGUACUAAAGAAGAAUUGGAUAAAACCCCUGUAACGGACGUCAAGUUGGAGCCUCUAUUAAAACCGAAACAAGACGGUAGUAAUUCGCUACAAAAUGGCAAAGAGUACAAAAGCAUCCUCAAGUGUCCUUCUGAAAAUGUCCGAGCGAGAUUAUCGGCGGAUUUGAGAAGAGAUCCUGACGAAGACACUCCCCCGAUUGACAAAACAAGUUUAACAGGGAGCGAUUUUUCGACUGAGAUUAAAUCGAGGCCUAACUCCUCAACUAAGUUGGAAAGAAUCGAAAUGAAUUUACAAAACACGAUACGAAAAAUUGAAGAUCAUAAAAACAACGACGAAUUCAAUAAACGUCUAGGUGACUACUGUUUGAAGGCAAUAGAUUCAGUUAAAAAUUACAGUAACGUGAUUGAAACUCACAAAGAAAACUUGGGGUAUGCUAAAGAGGACACCGAAAAAAUUAAGGAGACUGUCAAAGAUGCGGAACACAUGGAGUUGCGGUUGAAGAAAGCACAUUUGUUGUCGUUUGAUAAAAACGCUUUGACUGAUGAUAAUUUAGAUUUUGUUAGUCAGAUUUUAAAGGAAGAGGCUGAGUUUCAAACGAAAUAUAAGAAUGGAAAUGUGAAAAAGGAACCAGCCGUUGGAGUGAAUGAUAAAAAAAAGCUUUUAGCUACGUUAAGGGCGAUUGAUAAUGGGGACAGCGUGGAGUCAUUCGACAGUAACAUUCAAAAUAAUCAUUUGAUGAAGGAGCUGUUUGGGGACACGCAGGAUUAGGGGUGUUAUUAAAUUUCAAAUAUUUAUUGUAUUGUUAUUUAAAUAAAUAUGUUAAUGUCAGGUCGAUACUAAAUUUAGGCAAUUUGUACCAAAUGUGAAAAUUAUAUCAUUAUUAUGAAAAAUGAUUUU